AUGUCCACCAGUCUAUUAUUCAACUCACUGCUUUACUCCAAAUGUAUGCUUAACACGGCUUUGAGACCAUCCAUGCUAAAAAUGGCCGCCACAACUUCCAUCACCAGGAAUUCCAGCUGGUUUUCCAAAAUCAUCUAUCCGUUCUCGAAGCCCGACCAAUCGAUUACCGACUCUUACAAACCGUCCAGUGCCAACGGAAAUCAAUGCUUUCUUCCAAUCCGCAGCGACGCAGAGCUCGAAGACACUUUGAGGGCCAACAAUAGAGCGCCCUUGAUUUUGAACUUUACGGUGAGGGGAAACGCUCAAUGCAAUCAGCUCACCGGUGCCUUGAACAGGAUAGUGCUUCUCGAAACCGACAAAAAAGUGAACAUUGCCGAUGUGGAAACUGACUAUAUGGAGGUUCGAGACUCCAUGCUUAGAUACGGCGUGAAACACGUACCGACUUUAGUCGCAGUACGCAAGACUUUUUUGGUCGACUCGUACGUUGAGAACAGUGGGAAAUCGGUGAACUGGCUAGACCUAAAGAGAUGGAUUGAAAAAAACGCUGAUUAG